GAGGCAGUCGGAUACGGAGCUGAUCCAGGCAAGAGCGUCUGUAUGAACACCAGACUGCCUGCAUUUUGUCCUGUCACCGGCUCCCACACUGUUGCAGAGACUUUGUCCUUUGCUUAGGGAAGACUGUGGUGAUUCCAGCACUGCCCUUUUUUGUCAGGGACUCUACAGGACUGACUGACUCUGAACUGCCCUCAGGCUUGGAUAGCAACACUUCCAACACUUUGCCUGUGUGAACCAGUUCUAUAAACCUCUUCCAUGUGCUCCAAGAUGGAGCAGCCUUUCUACCAUGAUGACUCCUUGUUGUCAGCCUACUCUCGGCCAGACGCCGGCCUCAUGAAACCCACCCUGGGGCACCUGACUGAAUCCUACCGGAUUGCAAAGCACGACUUGCCCUUCUAUACACAUCAAGACUCCUCAUCGCUUGCCUCCCACCACACUCCACCAUCCAGCCUGAAAAUGGCUGCCCCAGAGCUUGAAAGAAUGAUCAUCCACAGUGGCCCUGGGGUCAUAAGUGGUCCUAACGGAGGGCAACUCUACUACUCCCGAGGCAGUGGCAUAACAGAGGAGCAAGAAGGCUUUGUGGAUGGGUUCGUUAAGGCCCUCGAUGACCUGCACAAGAUGAACCGUGAUUGCCCUCCCAACGUGUCAUUAGGUGGGGGCUCUAUUCCUCUGGGUGGGAGCGCUGCCUCCCCUGCUGGUAGCAACAUCUAUGGGGACACUGCUGUUUACGCCAACCUGGCUAAUUAUCACCCAAGCUGCUACCGUCAACCCUCGGCAACAAUUAACUAUUUACCACAGACUCAUGGUGUCUAUGGGGCUUCACCCUUUAAAGAAGAGCCACAGACUGUGCCUGAUACAAACGGAGGAAGGGUAGACAGCAGGGAAGGGUCUCCCACACCACUGUCCCCCAUCAACAUGGAGGAGCAGGAGAGAAUCAAGGUGGACAGAAAGAGGCUAAGGAACCGCCUGGCCGCCACCAAGUGCCGCAAACGAAAGCUGGAGAGAAUCGCCCGGCUGGAAGAAAAGGUGAGGGAGCUAAAAAAUGAGAACAGUGGCCUAAGUGGCACAGCCGGGGCCCUCAGAGAGCAAGUAGAGCAGCUGAAGGUGAGGGUGAGAGAACAUGCCCGCCAUGGUUGCCAGCUUCUGCUAACUGGGAAGGGACAUCAGGUUUUCUGAGAACACUGGUGGACUGAGGAAGGGAGGCAAAGAAUAAAGAUGAACUCUGAGCUCCCUAGCAGGUGCUUAUCUCCUUCCGUUCAUUCAUCUACUCCAGUAACCAAGGCAUUUGUAAGCACAGGAGACCUAAACAGAGACAUCUGAUAUGAGACAGCAGUAGCCUGAAACAUUCUGCUGUUACAUUCUGGAGGAGUAUCGGAGCCCUUCUACAGACACUCCACGCUUCCUAUCCUAUUGUCGCUGCUCCGGCUAAAGACUUUAGUUGGACAUAGGAGAAGAACUUGCACUUAAUGUCUGAAAACGAAGUUACUUUAGUAUAAACUGUGACACGGGCUCAGGUAGUAACACAGACACACAUUUUCUCCAGGGCUGUAACCAAAAGCAACCAAUCGGCAACCUGCUGUGGUCUCUUUAGAACCACUGAAUAUGAUUGGCUGCUAUGGGUUACUGCACGGGGCAAAUUUGCACAGUUUCGUUACAUGAGCACGUGUGUGUGUGUGUCUUUGCAGAUGUGUUGCUUAACACUUUUGUGGGGGGGUGGGGCUGCAGCAACAUUGAUCAACCUCAUUGAUGUCCCUAAACCCAGCACUUACAUUUAUCUUUAUUAGAAUCAGAACAACAUAAUGUGAAAAAUGAGGAAGGUGAUUGUAUUACAGAUAGUCAUGUGACUGCAUCUUAUGAGUGGGGGAUGGGGGGAAAAAGGGACCAUUAUAAAUGUUUGUAUUCUGUGUAAUAGGUGCAUCCAUGUGCCUGAUCAAACGAAAGGGUGUCUAUUACACUGAUACUGAACAUGUUGCACUGUAUAAUGAUGUGGAGUAUCUCAGUACUGAUUCAAUGCUGCACUCAAUAGACCUACUUUAUGGACAGUAUGCAUUCCUUUAUAAAGCGUUUUGCAAUGUGUGGAAUUGGGAUAAAACUGGAUGGAUAUAUAAAUAUAUAUAUAUAUAGCCUAUACAAAUGCAGCAGAUAUUUUUUUGAACUUAAGUUUACAGAAAUAACAUUUGUAUAUAUAUAUAUAUUCAUCUUGGCCACUGCUGCUCAGCAGAGCUGCAGAUCAUUGCAGAGCGAUAGUCUGACUUUGACUCGAGCAGAGUGUUAUUUUUAGAAGUUUGUGGUGUUUCGGGAUGAGAUUUCUCUUCUGCUGGUAUCAGAAAAAAAAAUCCCCCGUCAAACUAAUUAUAUAUAUCGUCUAUGUAUUUAACGAAACAGUGCGCGCACACAUAAAAAAAAAAAGGUACUUUCAGAUGUCUGGGUAUUUUAUAGAUGCUUCCUGGAAGCUCAAGUUUGGGAAAUGGAAGAAAAAAAUAUAUAUACAUAUUUUAAUGUUGGGAAAUGUACUGUUGUUUCUCUCUUUUUUUUUUUAUACUGCGAAUGUAACACAAACCUGGACCGUUGAUGUAUGCUUUUAUAUGUGUCAUGUUUCAGUAUUUAAGUAAAUGAUAUUGUUUUUCUAACGUG